CCGGCCUUACCCCCCAUGGGGCUGGUGCUGCCCGAGGAGAAGGGACUCAUUCUCUGCCUGUGGAGAAAGUUGUGUGGACGGUUCUGGAGACAGGAGUCAUGGACGCAGAGCCGAGAUGAGCAGAACCUGCAACAGCAGAAGAGGAUCUGGGAGUCUCCUCUCCUCCUAGCGGCCAAAGAGAAUGAUGUCCAGACGCUCAGCAAGCUGCUCAAGUACGAGACCUGCGAGGUGUAUCAAAGAGGGGCGCUGGGGGAGACGGCCCUGCACGUCGCGGCGCUCUACGACAACCUGGAGGCCGCGCAGGUGCUGAUGGACGCAGCCCCGCAGCUGGUCUUUGAGCCCAUGACCUCUGAGCUGUACGAGGGCCAGACUGCCCUGCACAUAGCCGUGGUGAACCAGAACGUGAACUUGGUGAGAGCCCUGCUGGCGCGCGGGGCCAGCGUCUCCGCCAGAGCCACGGGCUCGGCCUUCCGCCGCAGCCCGCGCAACCUCAUCNNNNCAGGGGAGCACCCCUUGUCCUUCGCUGCCUGCGUGGGCAACGAGGAGAUCGUGCGGCUGCUCAUCGAGCACGGAGCUGACAUCCGGGCCCAGGACGCCCUGGGGAACACGGUGCUGCACCUCCUCAUCCUCCAGCCCAACAAGACCUUCGCCUGCCAGAUGUACAGCCUGCUGCUGUCCUACGACGGGCGCGGUGACCACCUGCAGUCCCUGGAGCUGGUGCCCAACCACCAGGGCCUCACGCCCUUCAAGCUGGCCGGCGUGGAGGGCAACACCGUGAUGUUCCAGCACCUGAUGCAGCGGCGGAAGCACGUGCAGUGGACAUACGGGCCACUGACCUCCACGCUCUACGACCUCACGGAGAUCGACUCCUCCGGGGACGAGCAAUCCCUGCUGGAACUUAUCGUCACCACCAAGAAGCGGGAGGCGCGGCAGAUCCUGGACCAGACGCCGGUGAGGGAGCUGGUGAGCCUCAAGUGGCGGCGGUACGGGCGGCCGUACUUCUGCGUGCUGGGCGUCAUCUACCUGCUGUACAUCGUCUGCUUCACCAUGUGCUGCGUCUACCGCCCGCUGAAGCCCAGGAGCGGCAACCGGACCAGCCCCCGGGACAACACCCUCCUGCAGCAGAAGCUCCUGCAGGAGGCCUACACGACCCCCAAGGACGACAUUCGGCUGGCCGGGGAGCUGGUGACAGUCAUUGGGGCUGUGGUCAUCCUGCUCGUCGAGAUUCCAGACAUCUUCCGGGUGGGGGUCACGCGCUUCUUCGGGCAGACCAUCCUUGGAGGGCCGUUCCACGUCCUCAUCAUCACCUACGCCUUCAUGGUGCUGGCCACGCUGGUGAUGCGGCUCACCAAUGCCAACGGGGAGGUGGUGCCCAUGUCCUUCGCCCUGGUGCUGGGCUGGUGCAACGUCAUGUACUUCGCCCGCGGGUUCCAGAUGCUGGGCCCCUUCACCAUCAUGAUCCAGAAGAUGAUUUUUGGAGACCUGAUGAGAUUCUGCUGGCUGAUGGCCGUGGUCAUCCUGGGCUUUGCCUCUGCCUUCUAUAUCAUCUUCCAGACGGAGGACCCCAACGAGCUGGGCCAUUUCUACGAUUACCCCAUGGCCCUGUUCAGCACCUUCGAGCUGUUCCUCACCAUCAUCGACGGGCCCGCCAACUACGACGUGGACUUGCCCUUCAUGUACAGCAUCACCUACGCGGCCUUCGCCAUCAUCGCCACGCUGCUCAUGCUCAACCUCCUCAUCGCCAUGAUGGGCGACACCCACUGGCGGGUGGCCCACGAGCGGGAUGAGCUCUGGAGGGCCCAGGUCGUGGCCACCACAGUGAUGCUGGAGCGCAAGCUGCCUCGCUGCCUGUGGCCCCGCUCUGGGAUCUGUGGGCGAGAAUACGGGCUGGGGGACCGCUGGUUCCUGCGGGUGGAGGACAGACAGGAUCUCAACCGGCAGCGAAUCCGGCGCUAUGCACAGGCCUUCCACAACCCCGGCUCGGACGACUUGGACAAAGACUCGGAAAAGCAGGUGCCGGGCCGCCUCUUCGGCCCUCACCUGUCCCUUCCCACCCCCUCCGUGUCCCGAAGCACCUCCCGCAGCAGCAUCAACUGGGAGAGGCUUCGUCAGGGCACCCUGCGGAGGGAGCUGCGGGGCUUGAUGAACCGGGCCCUGGAGGACGGGGACGGCUGGGAGUACCAGAUCUGAGGGCGACCACACCACCCCGGACG